GGCUCGGCACGACUAUCUACUGCCGCGCGGCGCGGAAUUUAUCCGAGGGCUUGGACCAAUAGGAUCAAAGAAUGCUAUCCACGUGGAUAUAUUAAAUCGAUGCGUGCACGACGUCGUCGUACGAGUAGAUAGCAAUUCCGCUAACAACUGUCACUUGCCGAUAGUGGAUAGUAUAUCCAAGUGCGUGCACGGCGCCAAUAUGGCUGCCGUCUGAUUUCUACGUAUGACAUUUCGAUUGACAUAUAUUUAUCUGCCUCCCGAGAGUGGCAGAUAGGCUUGAGAUAGGCGUCGUUAGACAAGUAUUUGCAAGUUAUUUUGAAUAAAAAUGUCGAGGGGCUACAUCAGAAACUUAAUAAGUUUUUAUGAAGAGAAGAGGGAGAGAAAGGAGCAGCGGAGCGAUGUUAGGAACUGCGCGUAUAUUUAUAGUUUGCCAAGAAACGAGUUUCUUGGCAACUAUAAGAUAAGCCCGGAAAUGGUUGAGUACCUUCACGAGGAAUUGGAGGAUGAUUUAUCACCCCUUAAUUCAGAAGGCUAUCCAGCCGAUAUUAAGAUCCUAACCGGCUUACGGAUACUUGUCAAUGGCCACUACCAGCGAGGUAAUGGUCAGGAUCAAAACACCUCACUGGCUCCAACAACAGUGAGCAAAUAUUUGACGCAAUUUAUAGAUGCGGUGAAUAGAAAGCUCAAACCAAAAUGGAUUGUUUUUCCGGGGUCUGAAGAGGCUCGGCAAGAAGUGGCAGGAGGGUUCAGGCAGAAGUUUGGUGUGCCAAAUGUAAUUGGUGCCAUUGAUUGCACACAUGUGUCUUUGUUCCCACCACCUGGGUUGACAAAAAUUCAAUAUAAGAACCGACAUGAUUACAUGUCAAUCAAUGUGCAACUGAUCUGUGAUGCAGACUGCCGGAUCCUCAGUUGUAAUGCAAAUUACCCAGGCCGGGUCCAUGACCAAUUUAUUUUUAAUAACUCAUUAAUAAAAGAUGAGAUGAGGAGGCUAUAUACCAACAGGAUUGGAGACUAUUUUCUAUUGGGAGAUGCUGGCUAUGCGUUGGAGCCAUGGCUCAUGACUCCAAUAAGGAACACCCAAGUGGGUUCUCCAGAGGCACGGUAUGACAACUGGCAUUGCCGAGCCCGAAACACUAUUGAACGCACCAAUGGUUACCUGAAGGGCACGUUCCGAAUGCUGGGUUUGGAUAGGAACAUCCACUACGCCCCCGAAAAAGCCUCAGCUAUGAUUUAUGCCGCAUGUACCUUGUACAAUAUCAUGCGGCAUUUCAGGCUACCAAUGGAACUUGUGGCGGUGCCAGCAGAACCAGUUACAUUGUAUGAGAACAAUAAUAACAACAAUCGGCGACUGCUUGAAAUAGCGCUCAGUAAGCGCCACAAUAUAGUAGAAAAUUACUUUUGAGUAAUAAACAAGUCUUUUUUUUAUUUAAUCUAGUAAUUGGGUUUUUUUACUUACCGCUCCC